AUGGCAAGCAUUGCAGUCUUCGCCGUGCUCGUCCUGAUGGCAGCCGCGAUGGUUGCAGGCCGUCCCCUGGAGGCAUCGGGUGACGGGAGCUACGCUGAUGGUGACAGGGCUGUGGAGCGCGGCCCUGGCAGGACCCUGCUGGCUGCGACAGACAUCACGUUCAAUGAAGCCAGCAGCGCCCACCCAGACAAGUGCAUCAUGGUGUGCAAGAGCUGCAGCGCAUCUGACCUCACCGGAGUCGUGGUGGACUCUCGAGGGCUGCGAGGGUUCGGGUCCAUGUCUUUCCAUGUCUGGGCCUUUGACGCCGGCACCAUCACAAACACCGGCGAUGGGGGCCUUGACAACUGGCAAUUCAAAGGCUGCUUUGACCGCCCAAAUCCCAAGCUCGUCAACUUCAAAAAGUGCUGA